GCAGACUGCAGUCUGCUCACACUCAAGCUGUGCACGCGUCUGUUUUCAGCAAUGCAGGCCAGCUUCUUCCUGCAUGACUCGGAGCUCCUGCUGCAUUCCUACAUUUAUCAACUUUCGUGUCAUUGAGCGCCCAAGAACCAUCUUACGGGACCACGGCUGCUCGUGUUCGCCUCUGCUCUGCUCAAUUGGUUCAGUUUUUCAUUGGUUUGGGGAAGGACGGGGCGAGGCACUAGCUUAAAUCGCCGCACCUCAUCGGCUGCUCAUAUAAUAGAUUUUGCGUUGCAAGGAGGUUUGGAGAAUCGAGUACUUUCUGGUUACUCUUAAUCAAAAGUUGGCUCUUCACUAGGAGCUCUGCAUCCCCCCCUUCUCAAAACCCUGGCCACGAUGCAGAGCGUCUCUAAGGUGUUGCAGCGGGGGGCCUUGGACCUGAGGGGUUCGCUCCUGCAGACCCUUCGGGCUGGCCAGGUGUCUUGCAUGAGCAGGUUGCAAGUGAGGGGGAACGCAAAGAGUGCGGCAGCAGAGGCUGAGGACACAGACGAGCAUGAUGCGCACCUGGAAAGGUCAACGAUUGCAGACAUUCUGAGGAACAAGAAGGGGGAAAAGGAGCGGGGCUCCUUCCUCUGGUGCCAGACUGAUGACACCGUCUACGAUGCUGUGAGGCAGAUGACUCAGCACAAUGUCGGUGCGCUGGUGGUCAUGAAGUCGGGCAAGGACGGGAUUGCUGGGAUCAUCACUGAAAGAGAUUACCUUCGAAAGGUUGCCAUAGAGAACAGAACCUCCAAAGAGACGAAGGUCGGGGACAUCAUGACGGUUGAGGCAAAGCUUGUAACGGUCACUCCGGACACCCAGGUGCUCCAGGCAAUGCAGCUCAUGACAGAGCAUCGGAUCCGUCACAUUCCCGUCGUGGAUGACCACAAGAUGCACGCCAUGAUCUCCAUUGGUGACGUUGUCCGCGCGGUUGUCGACGAGCAUCGCGAGGAGGUCAAGCGGCUCAACGACUACAUCCAGGGCGGGUACUGAAUCUUUGAAGUCGACGGGCCAGGUGUACACUUUGUUCGAUAGCCGCUGUUUCAUAGCCCGUCCCCAUCCUGCAGAUUGUAUGUUACGUCCUUUGCGUUUGAACGGAUUGAUUUUGCUCGUAGUGUCACUUCUACUCAGAAGAGUUGGCAGUGUGAAGCAGCUCGUGUAAGACAAGGCAGUGACCCCACGGCAAGCAAGGUACCUAGAAUGUACAUACGCUCAUGGUAGUAGCUGCACAACAGGUAACUAAGUAAAGUUCCCUUCAAACAACAUUGUGCUCGGACCGUCAAAGUAUAAGCACACUCAGCGAGAUCGACAGAUCGAGCUGUCAAAGAUGCCCAUGAUGAUGUCCAAACGCUCACUAGCCUAGGAUCGUCCCUGUCACUCCUUUGGUAUAUACAAAAUCUGGGCCGG